UCAGUGCUUUCGAUUCACGAGAAGGAUGACCACAUUUACUAGACAUCAAUCUAAAAUAUUAGUGCUAUAAUAUAAUGGGCGUGUGCAAAAUUGCAUUUACGGGGGAUUUUUCUUAUUUUUACUAUUUAUAUAUAUUUUUACUUUUCAAUUUCAUGAAAAAGCAAAUUUUAUUAUCGAUUAGUUUACAUAUCGAUUUCUUUAACGAAUGUUGUACAUCAUUAUACGUUCCGUUCAAAUUCGAAAACAAGUAUUACGAGUUACGAGCAUAUUGAAUUGUAUUUUAUUCUAGAUAUUGUUUUAGCCAUUUAUGAAAUAUUUUCAAAUACUUUUAUGACAAAACUAAAAACUUUCACGUUAAUAUUACACAUAGCACAUUAUACUUUAAGAAUAUUCUAUAUUUUUUACAUAAAAUUGUAAAAAUAAAUGUAAGGAUUUCGAACGAUGAGACAUAUGUCAUUAUGACAAAGAGUACAGUAAUAAUACGGAAACAUUUUGAUGUUUGAGUUGGGCGAGGCGAGUUUUACCUACUGGCUUUCUUUGCUUCGUAUAUCCGAACGCAUUUUUAAAUUCUAUUUACUUUCGACAUUUCACUAUCAAAUUUCUUUUUCCUGAUGGAAUUGAUUUAGAAAUAGCAAAAUUUGGGACAUUUAUUUACAUGUUUUUCAAAUAAAAAAAUGAAUUACUAUUUACUAUUAUUUUCCGUGACGAGUUUUGUGAAGGCUCAGGUAUCGCAACAAAAUCCAUUCAACCCAAAUUAUCAACAGCAACAAUAUUCAAAUGACCCCAUCAAAAAUGAAUCAUUAUACCGUCCCAAGAUUCAAAUACCUUAUGGCAGCUUUGCGGUUAAUGGCAAUGAUUAUAAGGCGCAAAGUUCUUUUUAUCAAUCUGCAGACGACUUUAAUUCGGACGACUUCGAUACUAAUGAAUUAGAUUCACAUGAAGUGAGUUAUGCAGGCAUUGAUUAUGAAGAGCGACAUAGGUGUCCUCCGAACUGGAUUCGAUACAGGGAAUCAUGCUAUCGCUUCACGAAAUCGCCCAACCGCCCAAGAAAUGAAGCUCGUAAGAUAUGUCAGGCCUUUGAAGCAGAUUUAGCGGCUAUUAGAAGUCCAGAGGAACAUGGAUUUAUAAUAACUAACCUUAUGAAAUUAGAUCCUCAGAAAGGGUCAUGGUAUGUAUCAGGACAUCAACAGUCACCAGGCUUUUGGGCUAAUGAUGUAGAUGGGUCACAGCUCACUGGCUUAGAAAAUGCCUUCUUUGAUGAUCAUCAACAGAUUUACAAUAGCUAUAACAUUUUGCCUCGAGAUUAUUUAGUGUACAGGUUUUCCCACCAGGAUGGAAGAUGGGGAUUGGCUGCAGUUGAAGGAACACAAUACUAUCAUUUUAUUUGUGAAGGGCAAAUACAAAGGUUACAUUAUCUUCUUGAGGAAAAAAGAUCAUUUACAUAUGGACUAGACACAUAUGACCCUGAGAGAAUACCAAGAGGACCUUUCUUCAUAAAAGAACCUGAAGACACCAUUUAUGAUCCCAGAAGAAACCACCAUGUUCAAUUAACAUGCAUAGCAGGUGGUUACCCUUCCCCAGUUUAUAAAUGGUUCCGGGAAGACUAUCAAGUUGAUAAUGCCGUAUACAUUGAAAUCGAUCCAUUAGCUGAUCCUAGAUUUAUAGUAAGUGGUGGAACUUUGAUGAUUUUUAAUCCCGAUGCAGAUAUAGACAAUGCUAAACAUCAUUGUACAGCUACAAAUAAAUAUGGUACAAUUCGCUCGGAGUCGGUCAGAUUGUCAUUUGGGUUUAUUAGAGAAUUUAACCAGAAACGGUCUGUGGAGACAGGCAAUCAGUAUUGGGGUAAAGUAAUGUAUUGUGAUCCUCCUUCAUAUUACCCUUCUGUUAACUUUUUAUGGGCUCGUAAUUCUUUUCCAAAUCUAGUAGAAGAAGAUAAAAGAGUUUUUGUAUCUUAUGAUGGUGGUUUGUAUUUUUCUGCUUUAGAAACCAUUGACAGAGGUAACUACAGUUGUAAUGUAAUGAGCAAGUUUUCAGAUGCUGGCCGUAAUGGUCCUCUCUUUCCUCUCUUAGUUUAUCCUCAUUCUGAUUAUCAGCAAUUGAAAUUUCCUAAUAACUUUCCUAAGGUAUUUCCCGAAGCUCCUGUAGUAGGGCAGGAAGUAAGAUUAGAAUGUGUCUCUUUUGGCUAUCCUGUACCAUCAUACAACUGGACUAGAAGAAAUGGAAAUAUGCCAAGAAAAGCACACUUGAGUAAUUAUGAUCGUGUUUUGACCAUACCUAAUGUUGGCGUAGAAGAUGAAGGUGAAUAUAUUUGUGAUGUUCGAAAUGAUAGGGCUCGCAUAGCAAAUAGUGUAUUUUUAAAGGUAAUGGCUUACCCUAAUUUCACCAUUCCAUUGUCCGAUAAACAUGUUGAUAAUAGAGGAGAACUACAUUGGAAUUGUGAAGCUUUUGGCAUCCCUGACGUCAACUAUACUUGGUGGAGAAAUGGUAAAAAGUUAUCAAUGGAAACAUUAGAACCAGAAGAUAGAGACAGGUACCUGAUACAAGACAAUGUAUUGACUAUUAAAUAUUUGGACCCACAAAGAGAUCCAGGGAUGUACCAAUGUGAGGCCAGUAACCAACUACGGGCAAGGUUUUCAUCUGGUCAGUUACGUGUUCUUUCAUUGAAACCUUCAUUUAAGAAACACCCCCUGGAAUCUGAAACAUAUGGCUCCGAAGGUGGUAAUGUGACACUAAGAUGCAACCCUGAGGCAGCACCAAAGCCAACAUUUACAUGGAAGAAAGAUAAUAUUAUCAUAGGUGCUGGUGGUAAGAGAUUUAUUACCGAAAAUGGUAACCUUAUUAUAAGGCAAUUGUCUAGAGAUGAUGAAGGAGUUUAUACCUGUGUUGCGAAAAACCAAUACGGAACUGAUGAAAGUCGGGGCCGCCUCAUAGUACUGCGAACGCCACGCUUUAUAGAACGUCUACCGCCACGGCUAACUACUCAAGUUAAUGACAAUGUAUUUUUGCAUUGUAAUGCUGAAAUUGAUCCCAUUUUAGAUAGAGCAUACCUUUGGAAUCAUAAUGGUAUAAGAAUAAGAGAUGCAUCUGACUAUUAUGCUGAUAAAAGAAUUAAGAUAGAUGGGGGUGAACUCACUAUUUUUAAUGUCAGUCUUGCUGAUGUCGGUGACUAUGAGUGUGUUGUUAAAUCGGCUAUUGGACGUAUUUCUACACACACUCAGUUGCGCAUAGAAGGUCCUCCAGGUCCUCCUGGGGGAUUACAAGUCUUAAACAUCCAACGAUCAUCAGUCACCCUUGAAUGGACCGAUAGCAAUUCAAAUGGUCGUCCUAUCACAGGGUAUGUUAUAACAGGACGUACUAACUGGAACUCUACUUGGAUACUUAUCAGCGACAACAUACCUAAUGUUGUUGAAAUCGAUAGAUACAAUGGACGCAAACGUGCAUCUGUCACUGCUAACCUUUUACCAUGGUCUGUUUAUGAAUUCCGGGUUCAAGCAGUUAAUGCUUUGGGUGUAGGGAAGCCUUCAGCUCCUAGUCCACAGUUCUCUACUUUACCAGAUAAACCGCAUGAAGCCCCAAAGAAUGUUGGUGGGGGUGGCGGAAAGAUUGGCGAUCUUACUAUUACUUGGACCCCAUUACCGCGGUCGCUUCAAAAUGGACCUGGUAUUUAUUAUAAAAUAUUUUGGCGCCGUAACGGUUCUGAAGUCGAGUUUCAAUCUCUCGUUCUUAAAGAAUACGGUAACGUCGGAAUGCAUGUUGUACACAUAUCAUUGACCUAUUUCUUCACUCCUUACGAUGUAAAAGUACAAGUAUUUAACGAUAUUGGUGCGGGACCAGAGAGCGAAGUAGUGACAAUAUACUCUGCUGAAGAUAUGCCGCAGGUAGCACCGCAACAAGUGUCAGCGAGAUCCUUCAAUUCGACAGCUUUAAAUGUGACUUGGAAUCCGAUUGACCAAUCUCGUGAAAGACUUCGCGGAAAGUUAAUUGGUCACAGACUUAAAUAUUGGAAACAGACAAAUAAAGAGGAAGAAUGCAUAUAUUAUUUAUCUAGAACUACUAGAAAUUGGGCUCUUAUUGUGGGACUACAACCAGACACAUAUUACUUUGUCAAGGUAAUGGCGUUUAAUUCUGCGGGCGAAGGUCCGGAGAGCGAACGUUUCUUGGAGCGCACGUUCCGCAAGGCUCCACAAAAACCGCCUGCGUCCGUCAACGUGUGGGCGGUGAAUCCGUCCACAGUGCGCGUCGUAUGGCGUUACGUACAGCCCACAGAUGAAGAGGAACCACUCAUUGGCUACAAGGUGCGUGUAUGGGAAAUCGAUCAGGACAUGAGCACGGCCAACGAUACAAUAGUACCGGUGGAACACGACCUGGAGGCGUACGUCACAAAACUCACACCGGGCAAGUCGUACAACUUGCGUGUGCUCGCUUACUCCAACGGUGGCGACGGCAGAAUGUCAUCGCCCGCUAUCACAUUCCAAAUGGGAGAUUACCACAGCGACGCUUAUGGAUACUACGUGAAAGGUAGCGCUACCAGACCGCAUGUUUUAGCAAUACACUACCUAAUAUUUUUAAUCAUUUCUGCAUAUUUGCAAUUGUCGUGAUAUUAACCAGGCAAACGUAGAAAUAAUUUUUAAAUUAUAUUUUUAAUAAUAAUUUACUUAGUGAUUUAAGCCUUAUUGUUAUUAUAAGCAUUCCUCUAUGUUUAGGUUGUGAUAUAGCCGGCCGCUUCUAUUUUUACUAUUUGUCUCACUUUUAUUCUAUUUAAUAUUGCAAUAUAAAAUGUUGAAUCUUUACUUUCAUUUGUUGAAAUUAUUUUAUUUACUUUCAUAAUUAAUUAAAAAUAAGCUUUUACGUAAUGUAGCUUGAUAAAAUGUGGAUCUGUUUCAAUAUUGUUAGUAAAUUGGAGUUAAACUACUGAAAUAGGAAGGGUCUUGCAGAGUGGAAUCCCAUCGUUUGUAGACUACGCUACGCCAUGUAUAGUAAAUACAAAUAUAGAACUAUAUCAUAUUAUAUGCUUCUGUAUCAAACUCAUCGAAUGGCAUAGAUAAUGUAAUGCGACAUAGUUCUAUGGUGUAUAUUUGUCAAUAAAGCGACACAAAUCUUAAACGGCCCAGUACAUAUGAUAUUGUAGCAGAUCAAUUAUUUUUAUACUAUAUUAAUUAAUAAUAUUGUACCUUUGUCAUAAGUUGACAAUAAAGUUUGAAAUAGAUAUUAUUUCUAAUACUCAUCUUUUAAGUUUGCCACUUAGCUUAUACAUAUGUAAUGUAUUGAAUACGGUUAUCCGAACAAGUCAGUUUAAAGCGGUCCGUAAACUCUGUU